AUGGAAUGGGCACUUUCGCUCCUCCUCAACAAUCCACAGACAAUUGUGAAGGCCAAGUUAGAAAUCCACACCAUCAUUGACCAUACCAAGUUCCUCGAAGAAUCCGACCUUCCAAAACUGCCUUAUCUCUCCGGAAUUGUAAAAGAGACCCUAAGGAUGUGCCCUGUAGCUCCCCUUUUGGUACCACACGAGUCCUCGGAGGAGUGUACCGUUGGAGGGUUUCGAGUGCCACGUGGGACGAUGUUGUUGGUCAAUGCAUGGGCCAUGCAUAAUGAUGCCACGUUAUGGGAAGACCCUGAGAAGUUCAAGCCGGAGAGAUUCUUGAGAGAUGAAGAUGGAAGGCAAUUUUCAUGGAUGCCAUUUGGAGCCGGGAGGAGAAGGUGCCCGGGAGAAAGUUUGGCCAUGAAGGUGGUAGGGUUUGCUUUGGGAUCGUUGAUUCAGUGCUUUGAGUGGGAGAGGGAUGGCGAGGAAAUGGUGGAUAUGUCUGAAGCAAAUGGGCUCACCAUGCCGAAGCUCCUUCCUUUGCGGGCUAAAUGUAGGCCCAACCCGGACAUGAUUCAUCUCCUUUCGCAGCUUUAG